UCCUCCGGAAAGGCCGGGUCCGACCCCAGCAAGACCAUGUCGCGGUCUGCGAAGGCCGGUCUCCAGUUCCCCGUCGGUCGUAUCCACCGUCUGUUGAAGAAGGGCAACUAUGCUCAGCGUGUUGGUGCCGGUGCUCCUGUCUACCUUGCUGCUGUAUUGGAGUACCUCGCCGCUGAGAUCCUCGAAUUGGCCGGCAACGCUGCUCGCGAUAACAAGAAGCAACGUAUAGUCCCCCGUCAUCUCCAACUAGCCAUCCGCAACGACGAAGAGUUACAUAAACUGCUCGGCAACGUUGUCAUCAGUCAGGGUGGUGUCGUGCCAUUCAUUCAACCCGAACUGCUUCCUUCAAAAUCCAGUAAGGGCAAGAAGGAGGGUGCCUCGCAAGAGGUGUAG